AAAAGCCUCAAGGUCGGGAACUCCCACUUUACAGACACCACACAGCAAUAGGAGCAAACUCUUGAAAGAUCCCAUAUCUCAUCUCUCAGGGGCAUAUCAGUAGGCUACAUAGAGAGAUGCUAUAACCAAAGGAGGAUCACAUUCAUUUGGGCUUUGAAUUACCGCGAUGCUGACUUGUGCAGGCUCUGCAUUAUUGAGCUGAGCUGCUGCAUUGAUGCUGGAGGAGUAGAUCUCUCCUUGCAGCAGAGGCAGCAGCAGCUACAGCAACAUCUCUGUGGCUUGAAGCCCUUUUUUACAGCAGCAGCUUGCACAGGCUGCACACAGGCACCCGUCCCCUCUCCCUUUCCUGGCAAUAUCUCCUGCAUUCAUUCAGCUCCUGCUCAUUUUACUGGGAGGGCACCAUGCCCCUGCAGUCCUACACCAGAGACAAGGACAAGACACCCCUCCUGCGCUGGGAUGAGGUGCCAGAUGAUUUUGUGGAAUGCUUCAUUUUAUCCGGUUACAGGAGGCUGCACCUCACUGCCCAGGAGUGCCUUGCUUCCAUAUUUCAGCCCACCAACGAGACCCUAAAUUUCUGGACACAUUUUAUCCCUUUGGUUUUGUUUGUCAGCAAGUUUUACCAUGUCUUCUUCUUGGCUACAGAGCUGCCCUUCCACCACCCAGCUCUGCUUCCUCUCUGGUGCUAUGCCUCAGGAGUGCUACUGACAUUUGCCAUGAGUUGUACAGCCCAUGUGUUUAGCUGUCGCUCCCUGCGCCUGCGUGCAGCCUUCUUCUUUCUGGACUAUGCUUCUAUCAGUUACUAUGGCUUUGCCAGCACAGUGGCAUACUCAUACUAUCUGCUUCCCAGACUGAGCCUGCUGGACCCAGCUGUGAUGACACCUUACCUGCAAAGCUUGGGCUGGCACCAAGUGGAUUAUAGCAUGCUCAUGGGGCUGUAUGGAAAACUUGUGCUGCCUGUGGCUUUUAUCCUAGCUGUGACCUGCACAGUGGCAUGCUGCAAGAGCCGAGCAGAAGACUGUUCUUACCCAUUUGCUAUCCGCACUUUUGUGUUUGCAAUGCCUCUCAGCAUGGCUUGUCCAGUCAUGAUUGAGAGCCUUCUGUUUGACCUUAGGAAGAGAAACCCUACUCUCUUUGUUCAUUUUUAUAGGAGGUAUUUCUGGUUGCUGGUAGCAGCAUUUUUCAAUGUCAGUAAGAUCCCAGAAAGGAUUCAUCCAGGGCUUUUUGACAUUAUAGGGCACAGCCACCAGCUCUUUCAUAUAUUCACUUUUCUUAGUAUCUAUGAUCAAAUGCACUAUGUAGAGCAGGGACUUGAAUUGUUUCUCAAAUCUCCCUCCAGCCCCCCUACCCUCCAGGGAACCAUAGGAUAUAUGCUGCUUUUAACUCUGUGUCUGGUUUUUGUAGUUAGGACCUAUUUGAAAGGACUUAGUAACACCAAACAGGACUAACAUUAGCAAGGCACAAUUGCUGUGGUAUAUAAUGGGGCACAUCCACAGAAAGAGCAUGCUAAUACUAGUGUUUUUUCUAGCAGAAGAGCAUGCUAUUUAGGGAACAUAUGUUUUGGUGCAAAAUUAACACGAAUACAAUGUUUGGCGCUUGAGCUGCUAUUCUGUUAAAUACAGCAACUUUGUUGCACCUGGCUUGCUGCCACAGGGGAAUAGAGCAGAUCUAGCACUGAAAGACUGUGCAUCUAUAAUUGCUUUGCAGGAGACAGUUUCUUGCUGAUGUGCACAGUGUAAAGCCAGCACUAUACCUAAUUGCCGCUCAAGAGCCUAUUUCAUUAGUACAUUUACCCCACUGUUCCCAAUUCCCAUAUUCCAUUGCUGUCUUAGAUUUCGCUGCACCAAAGAUGAAAGUGAUGUUUUACUACUGAACCUUUUAAAAAUGUAUAUUCCCUGUACGUCACAUCCCAAAAACAUUUAGAAUUUUAGAAUUCAGAGCCCUGUCUACAAAAUAAAAAACACCAUCAAAGCUGCAAAGAUGGUGCUAUUCAAAUCAUUUGAGACAUAUUUUAAUGUUGAGUUCUAUCUCUUACCCCCAUGGGUAAUACAAAGUCCUACAUUUGUUGUGUUGGAGUCAAACUUGCUUUUUGGAGGAAGAAAAUCUAAGUACACAUUCACUAUGCAUAGUGAUGCCACAGCCAAUAUCUUUGACUUGAACUUAAAAACUAGCUGCUAAAAUGUGGCAAAAAUAUGCAUUUGUCAUAGGAAUGACUUGGCUGAACAAGUUUUCGUGGUACCAAAAUCAUUUUAUGUAGAUGAAUGGAUGCAUCUUUUAAUUGCUUUGUGCAAUAAAUAAAGGGCAUUAAUAGUUAUAUUAAAUUUAGACAUUCAAAUGUAUGAAAGACUUGUACAGACUAGUAACUUGGAAUUAUAUAUUAUGAUGCUUGUAUUUAUUAUGUUUUGGGUUAUCUGCACUAGGACAAGCUUGGGGAUGUGUAGUGGCAUUACCUGACAGCUAAUGUUCUCUAUACUGUGCAAUAUGUAUAUCCUGAUACAUAGAGUCUGCAUUGUCUGGAAGAGAAGCCUACCAUGAUGUCUGGCCUUUUGUCUUAUUCAUAAAUAGAUGGUCCUUCCUGGGCUAACUGCACAAUGCAGACCUACUGUGGAGAAGAAAAGUUAACCUUUGUUGUGCUGGAACAAAAUUCUGUUUGUUUUCUUUUUAUAAACUAUAUAUAAUCUGUUAUUUGCAUGGCAUUCCUGUAGCACUUAACACUUCUGCUGCCAAAGGAAUGAGGACAACAUUCCACUUCCCUGCUUUUUAUUUGACAGUAAUGAGCUUAGUUAAUAAUUUGAACUACUUCUUUGAAAGUUUCUGCCUGUAAUCUGUUUCCUUAAAGGGGGUUAAAGAAAAUGUAUUUAUAUUUUAUUUACAAAAAGAAGAAUACACAGGCAUUUUGUGCAUUAAGCCUUGUAUUGUAUUAACUAAGCUCCUACAAUGAAUUGCUGAAAGUGAACCAUUUCAGCAUGUAAAAUGUUGGACAGGACACUGUAUGCAUAGGGACAACAGUGCCUGCGUAUACUUUGUAAUACCAGCUCUCUGAAAUCUCUUUAAAUAAUAAUUAGUUCUUACAUUUUUAAUGCUUUGCUUUCCUUUCAUUCCUUAUGUCUUAGAUAUUGGCCCCUCAUUUUCCUCUUUAGCAAGUGUGUUUUAACUAGAUUAAGGGGAUGCAAACCCGUAAAUAAAAUGUUGCUUAUGAAAGAAAAUGUCAUUCUAAGCAAGUUUUCCAUAUACAUUCAUUGUAUAUUUUAAGUACUGUUAUUUGUAAAUGUAGGAUCACUGUUGUCUGUCCCUUCUGUUCUUCUGCUUCUUGAAACAAUGUAGCAGAAGUCAUCCUUGCACUCUUUAACAGGUCUGUUAAUCUGCUGGGUUCUGCUACUGGGUUCUGCUACAUUGUUACUUACGUUGGAGCCUUCAGAGAAGAACCAUAAGACGUUCUGAAGCAGCCACUGGAUUUCAUGUUAAACUUAAGCUGCCUGGUGUAAAUUGACUAGGAGGAUUUUCCAGCCCUGCAUAUAAAUAGAAUGAUGGAGUGAGGGUUACUGACAGCUUGAGAUUCUAGAUCAGCUCCCUGUCGUAAAUUCCUCCCCACACUAGAGAGAGUUAAAGUCAAUGUGUGCAGUCGUUUUUCAUUCACAUAAAGUGUUCCAAAUCAUUUUGCAUUGGAAACUUAUUCAAAUCUGUAUAUACACACACAAGGGUAAGCACAAAACCACAUCCGUCAGCUUUUUGUGAUUUGAAAAGGUGUUUUCCACAUUUAACCCUGAAGAUAUCUAUAGUAGUCAGAAAAAAAGAUCAGGCUUAUGAUGCAGGCUUAAAAGCAUAUAAUAGAAAAAUGUGUUGUCUUGUCCCAGUUUCAUGCAGAUAAUGCACAUGGAAUAAAAAUGAAGAGAUUAAAAGGCAUUUUAGGACACAUGCAGCUUUAACAGGAUUUUGCAUUGACCUGUAACGUGAAUCAUUAAGCUUUGCCCAGUGGCAGCUUGCUUCUAUUGAUCAUUCUCGGCCUUUCAAUUCCGAAACUGCACAGAAAACUGUAUAAAUGGUAUAACGGUCUCUUCAUCAUUGCAGUGGAAGAAGGACAUAUAAUUUAAUGCACCCUAACGUAACACACUGCAAAUGGAGCACAAGGCAAUUAUUCUGCCGGCACAACCAUCUGCAUUACCAGCAAGAGAGGCACUUUCUCAUUGACCUUUAUAAUGUGUGCGAAAGGCACAACCCAUGAUCAAUACUGAAGGGGAGUAAAGGGUCACUCUGCCAUAUCGAAGAAAGGUCACAUCAAAUGCAUAAUUUUUUGCCCAGUGUUUAAAUGUAAGUGUAAAAUGUUGCAAGGGCGACCUUUUUGUUCCAUGAUUCUUUACCAGGCUUAGUAGUUUGGAAACUGCAAAUAUAAACGAGUUCUGUCAUUCUCUCAAUUAACCGGCUGAGAUACUCCUAUCCAAGAAGCCAUAUCUAAAACCUUGUGUUGGUUAAGGGUAAUGUCCCAUGGAGAGAUAAGUCGCCCAUAGUAGCAGAGAUCUAUCGCAGGCUUUAUGCUGGCAACAAAGGAAAUCGCCAAUGGAAAGGCCCAGGCAUCACUUCAGUUUUAUCCUCCUGGAGGCAACUUUGCAUGACUUCGGAAAACUAAAACUAUGCGUAGGCCUUUCCACCGGCGAUUCCCUUUGUUGCUGAUGUAAAGGCAUUUCAGAGACAUUAGCCUUACACACUGAGAACACUUUUAUCAUGCAUUUACAAACAUGACAUAUUGCAUUCAUGUGUCCUUGAAAUACAUUCACACUGUCCUUGAGUCAUAUGCAUGCAUUAGAAAUGAAUUUGGCAUUGCAUAAAGCAUAUAGAGCCAGAUCAGUAAUCACUGUAUACCGGUCCCUUUGGAUAUAUUUUUGGGAAGUAUAUCUUUUUCAUGGAAAGAAAUGUUUCUUUGGGCUAUCCCUGUUGUUUAAAUUAGGAUACUGCCAUUGCUGUGUAAGGCUUUAUUGAAAAUGUUUUGCGCUGUCAUUAUUAACAUGAAUUUAUAAAGCAUGAACAUAUUCCGCAGAACAGUGAUCCCCAACCAGUGACUUGGGGGUUUGUUGCUCACCAACCCCUUGAAUGUUGCUCCCAGUGGCUUCAAAUUAGGAGCUUAUUUUUAAAUUCCUGGCUUGAAGGCACGUUUUGUUUGAAUAAAAACCAGGUGUACCACCAAACAGCCUCCUGUAGGCUGCCAGUCUACAUAGGGGGCUAGCCAAUGAUUAAGUGCCCCUUGUGGCAUGAAACACUUAAGGAUUUCCUGUAUAUUGUGUAUGGAUUCAAUAAACUAAGAAUGCUUUUACUAUAAUUGGAGCUGCUUUGAGAUGUUGUAUAUUUGGGUUAUCCGGAGUGCCAGCCUGCUUUUCCAGUGUGUAUUUCUGGGUGGAUCCCUAAGCUGAAGGUCUGGGGCUUGAGCACCCGGACCCACCGUGGGUAAGCUGUCUACCUCGUAUCACUAUAUUGUAGCUCUUAUUUCACACUCCUGGAAUUUUUUCAUGCUUAUGUUGCUCUCCAACUCUUUUUUUCAUUUUAAUGUGGCUUACACUUAUAAAGGGUUGGGGACCCCUGUUGUAGAAGCAUGCACUAUUAUGACCAGCCAGUUCAUUCCUUCAGCCCAUAGGGUUACCUUCCUAACUCUUGAAUGUUUGCCAUGGGAAGGUUUUGCCUUGUUAGGAAGUAAACUGCAUGAGAAAGGGUCAUGUUUUGCAGUGAAGUAAUGUUUUCUAAUAAUACUAUUGUCAGUCCCCACUUUCAUUUUUUCAGUCAGUAAGUGCUUGCCCUUAUAAACCUUUUAGGGCAAGCACCCACAGAGUGACUUACUCGCCCGAGAUAGAUCACUGUUAUCGAGAGCGAGUACCCGCUUUAAAAAGGGUUUCCACCGGCAGCAAUAGAAGCCGCCAGUGGAAAGCCAUUCGUUUCAGUUUCAGAAGUUGUGUGAAGUUGGCUGCAGGAGGAAACUUUACUCAAUUCGCAAUCCGAAGCAAUGUGAAGGGCUUUCCACCGUCGACUUCUAUAGUUGCUGGUGGAAACCCUUUUCAGAGCAGUUACUCGCCCCCGAUAGCGAUCUAUAGUGGUCAAGUAAUUUGCUCCGUGGGGUCUUGCCUUUAUAGUGAAACAAUUUACUACAUGGCCACUACAGGUAUCUGUUGCAUAUCAAGGGUCAGUGCAAUCAGAGAAAUGUUAUUUACAAUUCAACAGGGGCAUUAUCCUUCAACUUAUGGACCAUGCAUUGAAAGAUCUGCUCCUUCAAUGAGAAUGCUAAAUAAGUGAAUCAUUCCUCAAUAUACCCACUUUAAGGUGGGUGAUAUUCGGUUGAUCUUCGGUGAUUCGGUUAAACAUUUGGCCCAUGGCCAAACAAUCAGAUCAUAAUUGCCGCUACAAAGGGCCAUUGGAAUGAGUACCCAACACUUCUCUACUGUUGUUAAUGGAUGCACAGGGUCAACACUCAUGGAGCAGGCACACCUGAAGUUAAAAAAAAAAAGUUAAAAAUAAAGAUAUUUUCUUCUAUAUUCAGUACAGGUUAAACAUUCCUCCCCCCCCCCAUUAUUAUAUUAUACUUGUUUUAUUUUAGCUCAGGCUCAGUCAUUCUAAGGCACAUUUUUCAUAUAGGGCUGUACCAACUUUGGAUAUGUUUGGACCAGCUUGGGUCUCAGUAUGAAUCUAUCUUGCAGCAAUGUUGUGUAAUUAUGAUCUGGCUAGUCAUGCUAGCUUGAUUCAGUUCAACAAAUGUGAAGACAGUCUUCAUAAAGUCUGCAGAGAUCAUUAUAUUUUUUAAGUUACCAACUGUCCAUAUAUUUAAGUGAGCAUGCCUGUAUUGACUCUUUGUACCUGACAAAUUUUUAGAGAACUUUAAAUCAGUUACAGCAUCUAUUAUUACUUUUAGUUACUGAAAAGUACUUGAAACACAACUGCAUUGUUUUAACCAUGUCCAAUAAACAUGUCAUACACGA